AUGGCUUCCCAGAGGUCCGACAAAGGCUUUCACCACACACUCCUUUCGAACUUGAGUCUCGGCGACAUUGUCUGGGAUUUCCAAGUUCCGAAUCUCCCAUCACCAUCCACUCUCAAAAAGGCCGAUCUCAUCAAAGCGAUCGCCCUCCAAACCGACCUCAAAGAAUGCAAGCACUCCAUGAUCCUCAAAGUCCAGGACAACACGCCCAAUCGCGCCACUGCCUCACACCCAACGGAUCAAUUACUGCUCUUUUCCCUCGAAGCCUUCAGACCUCUAGUUUUCGGCGCCGCAGCAAAAGAACAGCAGCCAGCGCCAGAUCUUCACCCCCGCACGCGCCAAGAGGUUUCCGACUACAGCAUCAAAUGUCUCCGCGCUGGGAUAAUUCUGAACGGCGUGCAUUAUAAUUUCUAUGGGCAUAGUAAUACGCAGCUCAAGUCGCGAUCAUGUUUUCUCAUGGCCGCGACGAGAGAGGAGAUCUCGAGACAGAUUGAGAGUAUGGGAGAUUUUACAAAGAUGAAGACAGUGGGCAAGAAAGCCAAGCGUAUUGGUCUUCUCUUCUCAUCUUCCAAGGCGGCCAUGAUUAUUAAUCCCGACCGAUGCGAGGAUAUUCCAGAUGUUGAGAGAGACCAAUAUGUCUUCACUGAUGGCUGUGGAUUGAUUGCGCCCAGUCUUGCGCAAGAGUUGGCGCGACGAAGAAGAAUUAUCUUUCGGGACAGUCGAUACACGCCUUCGGUCUUUCAACUUCGCUAUCGGGGCUACAAGGGAGUCGUCACUGUUGAUCCCCGAAUGAAGAAGGAGAAAGCGCUUCUCAAGCUUCGCAAGUCAAUGAAGAAGUUCAGCGGCGGCGAUGAUUACUCUUUUGCAGUAGUCGAGCACUCCAAGCCUUUUUCAUAUGGCUUCCUCAACGACGAGAGCAUCAUUCUUCUCCAUGCUCUUCUCAAAAAAGCCAAGUCCGACUUUCGCGAUGCAUUCCGCUUCUUAAGCUACGUCAAUAAACCCGAUCUCGCAGAACGUGUCCUUCUCGAGGGGCUGGAGAGCGUAAAGUCCCAGAUCGACGGCCACGUUAACGAGCAACUGGACAAGAUGUUGAAUAAGCAAGGCGGCCAAAAGUGUCGAAUCUUUGUGCAGAAAUCGCGGCUUCUCUUUGGUGUAUGCGAUGCUUGGGAUGUCUUAAAGGAAGGCGAGUGUGCGGUCAAGGUCACUCUGGAAGAGAAUGGUUUACCUCACGCUUUGAAGAACAGUGAGAUAAUUGUGAUCAGAAAUCCCUGUCUUCACCCAGGCGAUUGGCAGAAGUUCAAGGUUGUUGAGCGGCCUGAGCUUUCGCAUUUGGUUGACUGUAUCGUCUUCUCAACGCGAGGGAAAAGACCAGCUGCUGAUCUUAUGUCGGGUGGUGAUUUGGACGGUGACACAUUCUUUGUAUCCUGGGACCCCGACCUGAUCCCCUCGACAGUCUCAGCACCAGCCCUAUAUCCCGGCGGCCGAGAACCAAUCCAAUUCCGCGCCAUUACAGACUACGACCGCCUCGUCUACUUUGCAUAA